GGAAUCUAUCGAUUUGUAUUUCUCGUGGGGAGAGAUUACACACUACUUGUUUGAUACACAUCAGUAUCUGCCUGGUAUCACACUGGCUAUAAAUACCCGAGUUUCUCAGCGUUUAGUUGCUUCCAAUUAUUCUUGCGCCCUUUCGUUUUUCACAACAAUGGAAUUUCCAAAAGUUUGCGUGACAAUUUUUGCAGCCAUCUCUGCCAUAUGUCUGCCCGGGUUAGCUUUUAGGUACAACGACUGUCCAGGACCUAUCACCGUCGACACGGCAGCCGACAGCGACACGGUAGCCGUGACUUGGAAGCAUCCCUACCUGACGGGGCUGGGCAAUGUCGGCUCCGUGUCACAGACGGUCAGUCACAAUCCUGGGGAGAAGUUCCCCAUUGGUUUGACCAGGGUCAACUAUCUGGCCAUUAACAGCACGGAUUACAGGGACUUACAAGUCUGUACGUUUGUCAUCACAGUACACGAUCGGAUACCACCUGUCUUCAACACUUGCCCAAUCAACGUCACAAGCUACCUGGGACCAAACCAGACCGAGACUGAAGUCCUGUGGGACAUCCCUCAGGCCCUGGACAACUCCAGGUACGUGCAGCUACGGACCGACCAUGAGCGGGGCAGUAACUUCACUGCAGGGACAGUCGUGGUUACCUAUACAGCGAGGGACACCACGGGUAAUGAGGCUCACUGCCAAUUCCCUGUCAUUGUCAUCCCUUUUAUUGUAACGACAACCACAGAGGCAACGACGACGAUGGAAACCACAACAGCAAAGCUAGAAGUGGGGACGGUCUCAGGCAAACACUUGGGUGGAAGUAAACCAUCUGAUCCGGGCGUGGUCGAGGCUACACCCAUCGACUGGAAGAUUUGGGUCAGCCGAGGUCUCAUCUUCGUCUCCAUUUUGUGCCUCUUCACCUUCGCCAUCGUCGCUUUCUUCGUCAUCCGCAAGUACCGAGUCAUCAAACGCCUCAAGCGGACCCGGGUUCUGGACGACGAGGCGGAGAUCUACCCGUCGUCGGCGGGGGAAGAGUACGACAUGUGGGAGGAUCCAACCAAUGGUCCGGAACUCCCGCCGAAUCUUGGCAGUCCGGGGAGUAAAACUGAGAUCAGGCGACUGAACAAGGCUGAGGAGCGCCCUCUGCUGGUCGCUGCAGGGCCGUUUUAGAGAUGAGAUGUCAUUAGGAUUGAUAAUGACAUUGAUAACGUGAUGUAAGCCUGGAGUCUUGUUAUAUCCGCAAAACCUUCUCCAUCCCCCAAGAAAUCACGUCAAGAAUUCAGACUAGAUUACUGAAGCAACAGGACUCAUUUCGCCCAAUAUCUAAAAGAUCUUAUUGUGAGAAGAGAGUGAGGAAAAAGAGGCAAUAUGCCAGUUCCGCACACAUACAAAUAUUGCUAAUUCCUGUACAUUUAAAUUAGAGAUAUUAACAUAAUCAGUUGUCAUUUCGAUAGACAAGAGAAAGUUGUUUUCCAAUUUUGGCAAUAUUACAAAUUAAACAAAACCAAGAUUUAAGUCGCCCAGAUAUUCACUCUAUUGUGGCAAGGUGAAGGACGCAUGGAAAAAUAUCGUCAGUUUGUAAAUGCGGAUGCACAUUUGGCUUUCCUUAACUUACCUCUUCCAUAUUUCUACGAUAAGAAUGACGUUAUGAUAUAAUGUGAAUGCUCCCGUGCAAUAACAUCAAAAUUUAGUGUUAAUAAGUAUUGAGGUAAUUUUUACUAAAUAUAAGGUGUCAGUGAUGUAUAAAGGAAAUUAAAUGUAUGUAAAUAUAUCCAGCUUGUUUAACUUUUGAAAACAGUUUUACAUUUGCCUUUUUCGAAUUUUUUUGGCAGGUAAUUCAUGUAGAAAUCAUAUCCAUGUAGGAAGUUUGGUUGACGCACACUGAAAUCGUACGUCAAAUAUUUUGAGAAGUUUCAUUUUGGUUACCGCUCACUCCUAAGUUGUACCUUCUUGUUAAGAACAUUUUGGAUGAGGAAAAGAAAGACACAGAAAAAAGACACAAGAUGAAUGUGAAUCGGAAGGCAAGUAUAUAACUAAAAAAAAAGAAACAUUUUGACGAGGCUUUUGUUUCAUUUGUUUAAGUUUUAUCCUUUGUUUCCUAUCAGUUUUGUGCCAAUAAAAAAACCAAUGCGAAGAA